CACGAAACAAUGUUCUCGGCUGAUAUGUCCAACAGGCGUCCUGAAGACCUUCCGUCCGGCCAUCGCAGUCGCCAUCUUCGUUAAUGACGUCGGGUCGCUCAGCCACGCGCGGCAUCGUUGCACAUCACUCUAACCCCCACCGCCCCUCGGCGCAUUCUGCAACCCCUUUCCUUCUCUCGCUAUUCCUCAUAGUCGCGCGCAGCUAUCCCUAUCCACGAAAUGAAGGCGAACGGCAAUAAUAACAACAAGAAGGCGGGCGCGGAGACUCCUCCGCAAGCCAAAAGCUCGUCUUGGUCGAGCUUCCUCAAGUCAAUAGCAUCCUUCAAUGGAGAUCUCUCGUCCUUGACGGCUCCCGCCUGGAUCCUAUCCACCACCUCCCUCGUCGAGUUCUCGUCGUACUGGACCGAGCACCCCUCCGUCUUCGUUGCACCUGCCGCCGAGAAAGACCCCGCGAAGCGCGCUAUGCUGGUACUGAAGUGGUUUUUGAGCACAUUGAAGCAACAAUACGCAAGUCGGAGUGAGAAAUUGGGCAGCGAGAAGAAGCCCCUGAACCCCUUCCUGGGGGAGCUAUUCCUGGGCAAGUGGGAAGACGAGGCGGGCGAGACACGGCUCGUGAGCGAGCAAGUCAGCCACCAUCCUCCUGUUACGGCAUACUGUAUCUGGAACGCCAAUGCGGGCGUGAGGCUCCAGGGCUACAAUGCGCAGAAAGCGUCCUUCUCUCGGACGAUCAAUCACAUCAGGCUCCCUAAUGCCUCGGUGCAGCAAAUCGGCCACGCAAUCCUCCACAUCGACGAAUACGACGAAGAUUACCUGAUCACCCUCCCUUCCCUUCACAUCGAAGGCCUCAUCUCCGGCUCCCCCUACGUCGAGCUGAACCGCUGCUCCUACAUCCAAUCCUCGACGGGCUACACGGCAAAAAUUGACUACAGCGGCAAGGGUUGGAUCUCCGGGAAAUCGAAUACGUUUUCGGCUGUCUUAUAUCCCCAAGGCAAGGAGAAGGAGGCAAUAUACACAGCAGACGGGCAAUGGAAUGGAGCCUUCGUCAUCAAGAAUGCCAAGACAAAGGAGGUGGUAGAUACCUAUGACCCUGAGAAGACUAAAGUUACACCCCUGACGGUCGCUCCGAUCGAAGAACAGGACGACUACGAAUCGCGGCGCGCCUGGAAGAAGGUCGCCGAUGCGAUAAUCAAAGGCGAUAUGGAGACGACCUCGUUCGAGAAAUCCCUUAUCGAGAAUCGCCAGCGCGAGCUGCGGCGUCUGGAGAAAGAGGAAGGCCGCGAAUGGUAUCGCCGAUUCUUUACUCGAACUGAAAAAAUUUCCCUCUUCGAGAAGCUAGCUGGCAAGAUCGGCGAGCAGAUCAACGAUAGCCUGACGAACGGAGUUUGGGCAUUUGAUCAAGAGAAGGCGAGUCAAGCUAAGCCUCCCUUCCACGCCGAUGUUCCCUUUUUCAAGUCAGAAUCAGAGGAGUCGUCAGAGGUAUACGAAUCGGCGAGGGAGUCAGCCAAUGAGUCGUCUAAGGCUACGUCAGAAACUGCAUCUAUGGCUUGA